AUGACUGUGUUUAAAAACUGCCCGUUGGCAUCAGCUCAGCACCAGAGGCAGCAGAAGCUAGUGCAUGUGCUAGAGGGCUUUCCUAGCAUCUACAUCAUCGCUGACGUGCUAAUUGCGGGUGAAGGUGUGACGCAGGAGGAAGCAAUCAUGUCACGAAGAAGCGCUCGACUGGUAGACCUCUGCUCACGUAAAAGGGAAAGAGUUCGUCCUCAAGUCUCGGAGGAGAUGAUAUCUCCUGUAGAAGACGAGUUCCCCAUCUGCAACAGUAACACUUUUGAUGCAGAAGAAGAGUGCAGUAAGAUAAAACUGCUAAUGUCCAUCUUAUAUGGAAUUUUAGUCAUCUUCACUGUUGGAUUGCCAUUUCUGAUUAUUGCUAUGAGCAUGUAUGGCGCAGAACUGCAUUUUAAAACACCGUGUUUUAAAGACAUGCACGAGGAUAAUUUCAAAUUAAAGUGGAAAGAUCUGCCAGAAGCAGAAUUUCUGCCAAAUGUGGCUCUGGCAUCACUAGGAGCAAGAAUUAUAACCGGCAGGACCUCAGCAUCAUACGAGUGGAUAAAACCAUCUUUAUUCAACUUCCUUCAAACACGCAAAUUAGUUUCACCAGGAGUUGUAAUACAGGGAUCAUCGAAUCUACUUCCUGGAAGCUGCUGGUCCUUUACUGGUCAGCAAGGACACAUAACUAUAUUCCUGUCUCACAAAGUCCCCAUUAGCCACGUGACACUGGGUCACAUAUUAAAGUCGGUGUCUCCAUCUGGCACCACAUCAAGUGCUCCUAAGGAGUUUUCUGUCUAUGGAAAAAAAACACUAGAAGAUGAGGGAACUCUCCUUGGUACCUUUAUGUAUGAUAAUGAUGGAGACCAGUUUCAAACCUUUAAGAUAGAGGACCAUAAUGAGGACCUGUUCAGUUUUGUAACGUUAAAGGUGAACAGCAAUUGGGGCGAGCCGAAGUACACUUGCCUGUACAAUUUCAGAACUGUGGUACCUUUGUCACGGGUGGCGGGUGGCGUGCGGCCCAAUAAGACCGACACUGCCACCAAGAUUCUUUUUGUUCAGGGGGAGCAGAAUUCAAAGCCACACACGUGCAGUGUUGUUCCCAUCAUUGAAGACAAGUAG